AUGGAGGUAAAUUGUUUAACACUAAAAGACUUGAUGAGCCCCAGACAGGCCAGACUGGAUUUUACCGUUGACGAUGCCGAAAGUGCACAAAAGGAAAAUAUAUUUGUUGAUCGAUCAAGGAUGACCCCAAAGACUCCGAUGAAAAAUGAGCCAAUUGAUCUGUCAAAGCAGAGGAUCUUCACUCCAGAAAGAAAUCCCAUCACGCCAGUAAAGCUAAUUGACAGGCAGCAGCAGGUGGAGCCGUGGACACCCACAGCCAACCUCAAGAUGCUUAUCAGCGCUGCCAGCCCCGACAUAAGAGACCGGGAGAAGAAAAAGGGGCUGUUCAGACCCAUUGAGAAUAAAGAGGAUGCGUUUGUGAACUCGCUGCAGCUCGAUGUCGUUGGCGACAGUGUCGUGGAUGACUAUGAAAAGCAAAGGCCAAGCAGAAAGCAGAAAAGCCUAGGACUACUGUGCCAGAAGUUUCUCGCUCGCUAUCCAAGUUACCCCCUGUCCACUGAGAAAACCACCAUCUCCCUAGAUGAAGUCGCCGUCAGCCUUGGUGUGGAGAGGAGACGCAUCUAUGACAUCGUCAAUGUGCUGGAGUCUCUGCAUCUGGUCAGCCGGGUGGCGAAGAAUCAGUAUGGUUGGCACGGUCGACACAGCCUGCCCAGAACCCUGAGGACGCUGCAAAGACUGGGAGAGGAGCAGAAGUACGAAGAGCAGAUGGCCUGCCUCCAGCAGAAGGAGCUGGACUUAGUGGAUUAUAGGUUCGGGGAGCGCAGGAAAGAUGGCUCCCCAGAUCCCCAAGAUCAACACCUACUUGAUUUUUCUGAGUCCGACUACCCUUCUUCAUCUGCAAACAGUCGGAAAGAUAAAUCUCUAAGAAUUAUGAGCCAGAAGUUUGUCAUGCUGUUCCUUGUCUCCAAAACCAAGAUUGUUACCCUGGACGUGGCUGCCAAAAUCCUCAUAGAAGAGAGCCAAGACACCCCAGACCACAGUAAAUUCAAAACAAAGGUACGGCGCCUCUAUGACAUAGCCAAUGUCCUGACCAGCUUGGCUCUGAUAAAGAAAGUGCACGUCACGGAAGAGCGCGGCCGUAAACCAGCCUUCAAGUGGAUCGGGCCUGUGGACUUCAGCUCCAUUGACGAAGAGCUCCUGGAUGUCUCUGCCUCUGUCUUACCGGAAUGGAAGAAAGAAACGUAUGGCCAGAUCCGAGUGUGUGCAAAACAGAGGCUGGCUCGGUACGGUUCCUUUAACACGGUUCAGACGUCUGAGAAGAUAGAGAGGAAAGUGAGCUCGGAGCCCAGCAGCCCACAGGGAGGAAAACAAGGAUCAGCCUAUUCCCUAGAAAUUGGAAGUCUGGCAGCCAUCUACAGACAGAAAGUAGAAGACAAAUCACAGGGGGAAGCCUUUGCCAGCAAGAGAGUGGUGCCUCCAGCAAGCAGCUUGGACCCUGCCCUCCCCGUUGACUCCGAAUACUGUGUCAAGUCUUUAGCCCACCCAGUAUUUUCUGUUGCUCAGACAGAUUUGCAGGCUUCCUCCACGCAGAAUGGCCUCCACGGACAAGCAGGUGGCCACGUUCCUCCCGCUGCCUCAGACGCAGAGAGCUUGAAGCCAGCUCUGCUCGCUGGCCAGCCCCUGGUCUACGUGCCCUCCUCGCUGUUCAUGCUGUGUGGGAGCCUGCAGGAGGGGCUGUCCCCAGAGCCGAGAGCAGAGGAGGAUGGUGGCUCAGAAGUCCCGGCUGACCUGUCCUUGGCACCCUCGGCUCAGAAGCGCCUGUGUGAGGAGAGGAAUCCCCACAAGGAGGAUGAGCCUGCCAUGAAAAGGCAGAGUCAGGAAUUUGAAGACAGCCCCUUAUCCCUAGUCAUGCCCAAGAGACCGUCAAACUCCACAGCCCUCGCCUCUCCUGUGACUGCGGGAGAUGGGAGAUCUACGCCCCUGGAAGGCGUCGCCUGUGAAAAGGGCCAGGCCCCGGCCGACGAAGAAGUUUCAGGAAAGGCCAUGGCAAACUGCUGCUUCCUUGCAUCUGCAUGUGGAAACCCUUCCAGAAAUCCAGAGGCGGAAAAGCCUUCAAAUGGAACUGACGUCACCAAAGACCCCGCCCUGCUGCAGUAUCUGUAUGUGCAGUCUCCAGCAGGGUUAAACGGCUUCAACAUGCUCUUACCAGGCAAUCAGACGCCCCAUGCUGUGGGGCCGUCACCGUCGGGUCAGCUGCCGUCCUUCGGCGUUCCUUGCAUGUUCUUGCCGUCUCCAGGUUUGGCCCCCUUCCCAGUUCUCUAUUCUCCGGCGAUACCCGCGCCCAUUUCUUCAGCUCCCGCCACUCUCCCAAACACCGGACCCAUGAAUUUUGGCUUGUCCGCCCUGGGAUCCACAGCGCACCUUCUCCUCAGCCCUGCAGCCAUGGUCAACCCGACGACGCCCACCAUCCCUUCCUCAGAUUCUCAGCUUCAGUGUCAGCCCUCCCUCAACCUGAGCCCAGGGAUGCCAGGCUCACACGGCGUCAUCCUUCCCGAGUCCCCCAGUUACAGGAGACAUCCGGUGUCAAUGGUAAAAGUAGAACAGUCUCCUGCACCAGCGACUCCCAAGAGCAUCCACCGAAGACACCGGGAGACAUUUUUCAAGACUCCCGGCAGCCUUGGAGACCCUGUUUUUAGGAGAAGAGAAAGGAACCAAUCUCGAAACACUAGCUCGGCCCAGAGACGACUCGAAAUCUCAAGCAGCGGGCCUGACUAA